GCGCCACACCGUACGCCCACCAGUUGAGCGCGACCGAAGUUCAAGUUCGAAUAAACACUAUUCGAAAUCGAAAUUCAAUUCAAAUCGAACUCCUUAAUUCAAAUAAACGAAUUCUAGAUUCUAUUUUCGCGUUCGUAAUUCAAGUGCUGUGUUUUAGUGACGUUCGAAAAAAAUUGUGUGAGAAACUUUUCUUUUUCAGUUCGUCGCGAAGUUUUUUGGAGUUCUGACGAGUUUGACAAUUUGCAGAUAUGUGAGACCAGCCCACAAUGGCUACAGUUCGCGAGGCUCAGAGGCAACGCAGUCAACUGGACAGCUUCCUUAUGAAGGUGGACACCAAGACCUGAGGAUGAACCAGCAUCGGAGCCAACUUCUAUAAAAUGGAGUUCGCCUCUGUUUUACCUACUAAUGUGGCGCUUCAGUUCAACGAGACGACGGUGGAAUAUGACGACGCGGAUGACCCGGAUGCUGUCACGUUGCUCUCCAUACUGCUUGUCGGCAUAUUCCUCUCGCUGCUAAUAUUCCUGAGCGUAGCGGGGAAUAUACUGGUCUGCAUCGCCAUCUACACGGACCGAGGGUUGCGACGCAUCGGCAACUUGUUCCUGGCAUCGCUGGCGAUCGCUGAUAUGCUGGUAGCUGCUGCCGUUAUGACCUUCGCUGGGGUUAAUGACCUGCUUGGGUACUGGGUAUUCGGCGAGCAAUUCUGCGACACGUGGGUGGCCUGUGACGUCAUGUGUUCGACGGCCUCCAUACUGAAUCUGUGCGCCAUAUCGCUUGACAGAUACAUACACAUCAAAGAUCCUUUGAGGUACGGGCGCUGGGUGACCCGUCGGGUGGCAGUAGUCACCAUCGCCAUGAUCUGGCUCCUAGCUGGCCUAGUGAGCUUCCUACCCAUAUCCCUAGGCCUCCACAGGCCUGAUGAAGAGGCCCUGGCUACUCAGAAGCCGCCGAGAUAUCCCACUUGUGCGCUGGUUUUGACUCCGACGUAUGCAGUCGUGUCGAGCUGUAUAUCAUUUAUUUUGCCCUGUAUUGUGAUGAUUAGCAUAUAUUGCAGACUAUACUGCUACGCACAGAAGCACGUGAAAUCAAUUCGAGCGGUAACCCGGACGGUUCAAAUGCCGGACAACCGGACGAAAUCCGUCCGGACCCGCGUCCAUACGCACGUACAUUCAUCACCAUACCACGUGUCUGAUCACAAAGCCGCCAUUACUGUGGGCAUUAUCAUGGGAGUGUUCCUGCUAUGUUGGGUGCCGUUCUUCUGUGUGAAUAUUGUCGCUGCGUUUUGUAAGACGUGUAUACCGGAUUUGGCUUUCAAAAUCCUGACGUGGCUCGGAUACUCGAACUCGGCAUUUAACCCGAUCAUUUACUCGAUAUUCAACACAGAGUUUCGGGAAGCUUUCAAAAAGAUUCUGACGUCCCGAUAUCCUCUCUGCUGUGGUUACCAAAGCGUAAGAGCCAAUACUCCAACGAGGAAUGACAAUUUCGUCACAGACUAUGGGACAAAGACCCUGGUUGUGCGUCGGAGUGGGUCUUUAGGCCUGUCAGGCGUUGACCCCACUCCAAGGUCAUCAGCUGAGUCAGUAAGGCCUUUAAGAGAGUACCACAUUUGACAAGAAGAUGGGAACAGCAACAACGGGCUGCUAGACAAGAGUGACGUGGUUUGAACGCCCGAAGACUGGUAUGGGAUACAAGAUACAUGUAUUUACUCAAUGCAUACGAAAGACUGUAGUCUUAGUUUGAAAUGGGGUGAUGCUCAUUUGUUUUUCUGUGGAGAGAAAUUAAGUGUGAUACGACGUCUUUUCUAUGAGACCGUGGUAUACUGGUAAGAAAAGACCAUGGUCUUUUGUAUGAAUUUUAAAAAUAGAAUUAUGAAUUUGUAAAUUAGCCUUGCGGGGGCUUAUUUAGCGCAUGCGCUUCGAUGCCAAGGAAUUAGAUAACUACGUGUCAUAGCAAUUAUUUUUGUCAUCAUAAACACAUAAGUUCAAAUUCCUUCAUAUCAUUAUCGUGAAAUAAAAUAUUUACAUAGCAAAUUGUAAUAGAAAUAAAUAUUAAAAUAAAACAACAAGAAUUCAUAUUGUAGUAGAAAAAAAUAAACUUAAUCUGUACCUAUAGAUUUUUACGAAUUUUCAAAAAUCCUAUGUGGAUUUUACCAUAAUCAAAAACGAGUACCUAUCAAAGUUAUUAAGACAAAGCUUCCUCAUUAUCUUAAUUAGUUAAAUAUCUUGAACAAUGUACAGGCUAUCUUUGCAAUGUGCAACUUCAUUAACUCGGGAAAAGAAAAGUCCAUCUGAAUACAUAAUUAAAUUACAUUUCUUUGUUUCUUUUUAUUCCGCUGGACAAGAAAAGUAAAAAAAUCCUCUGUUUAAUGCCAGGAAAGAUAUGAAGAUGUUGAGAAAAUGAUAUGUCCAACAAUACUGAUCAAAGAAUU